AUGUCUAAAAUACCUGUGUAAUUAUUAGAUAGAUUAGAAUUAAAUAUAAAAUUUGCUAUCGAUGAUAUUUAAAAGGAAAAGAGGUAAUACAUCAACAAACACAUAUAGAACUCAUUAAACAAUUACUUCUUAGAAAAUUACUGUGUCCUUGACCUUAAAAAAAAGUUUGAAAUAUACAGUGGCCGCUAAAUAAAAAAUUUGAUUUAAGAAAAAUACUCUUUUGCAAGUCAAUUUAAUAGUUUAAAUCUAAAUUUCGCAACAGAUUAACAUUCAAGUCUUAAAAAAUAUUAUAUUUUAUUGCUAGGCUUUCUUGAGGAGCAUGUAGCCAAUGGAACUUUAGAAAUUUACAGGGAAGCUAUGCUAAAAAUACUUAAUGAAGAAACUCCAUCUUAUUCAGAGUCUGAAAUUUCUAUUGACCAUUCUUAAGAGUGGAUUUCGCCUUUCAUAUUUUAUAAUAAUGACUCAGAUAAAAUUAAUAAGUGGGUAUAGUUGCAGUGGAAAAAGCUGAUCGCGUUAUUUGUUUUGCAUCAUUCUUAUUACCCUAAAAUCGAAGCUAUCUACUAAAUAUGGUUUGACAUAUUUCAAAAUAGAAUUGUAGAUGCAUCAACAUAGAAAAAAAAGAAGCCUGAAAAUAAUCGCCCAUACAAGUACUAAGGUUUGCCUUAUGUAUCUAAUAGCGAUUUUUAUUCUUCUUAGCCUUUGGUUGUUCCAAAAAACGAUGAAAUAUCACAGGCUUAAUAAAAGAAAUUAAAAUUAUUUAAAUCCCAGAAACUCCGUUCUCAGGAUUAGGAAAAUGGAACCUAACAGGAGAAUAAAGAAUAAAAAGAGUCAGAGUAAAUGCUAAAGCAAACGAAAUACAGGAUAACACUAAUCAACUAAAAAACUUAGCAAGCUUUAGGCGAAUUAGAUAAUUCAAGUAUGGGAGAAAACAAUGAUAUGAAGCGUGCAAAGAAGGAGUAAAGCUUCAGAAAGGAAUAUGAAACAUAGAAUAUUUCUGAUAGUUAAGUUAUAGAAAAAAAGCCAUACAAAAAGCUUAAAUAGGAUUCAGACUUGCCUUUAAAAGCUGCAGAUAGUAGCAAUAAUUCAUUAAACAGCAUGGUUAGCAUAUAACUAAUACAAAACAAUAAUAAUCCACAAGCUAUGAAGAGUGCUUGCUAAUAAAAAGAUUCAAAAGAUUAUAGAAACAUUUAAGUUAUUUGCUAAUAAUCCAUUAUAAAAGAAGACAAUGAUAUACAUUUAAGCUCAUAAAAUUUUAAACAAUCUAAAAAAGUAUAAACCAAUACACUAUCUAAAGACUAUUUCCCACAGCAGGCUCAGUCAGCUUUUUCAAAAUACAAUAAAAAAGUUCCAUUUAGCAAUCAAUAAUAAGCUAAACAAAUCAUUGAUUCAAAUACUAGCGAAGAAAAAAUCGUAAUCAAAAAAGAAUCGAAUCAAGUGAAAUAAGAAACUAAUAAUUCUCUCUCCCCAAAAGCUGUUAUUUCAAUAAUAUCACCAAACAACUUACAAGAUUCCUAAAACACAACUAAUUAAGAUAUUCCAUCCAAAUAAUUUAUCAAAAACGAAGAUUAUGAUUCAAGUAAUUGCUUACAAGAAAAAUAAAAUGAGUAGAGUACUUGUGAUCACAGUCAAAAUAUCCUCUAAAGUCCAAUUAGUUAAGCACCACAGAUUACAUUUAGCACUAUUCCUGUUAAUAGCUUUUAGUACUAAGUAGGUAGUAUUAUAAAUCCUUAACCAACAGCAGCACUUCAUUAUUCUUAAUAGCCACUUCAAGUGAUGUUUUAAUAAUUCCUUCCACAUUAAUAAAUUAAUUAAUUUAUCCACCCUAAUCAAAUAUCAUCCAGUCAAUAAGUAAUUCCAUUAAUCAAUGUAAAUAAUAUUCCUAUUGUUCAUGUUCCAAUUAAUUACAUCAGCAUGAUAUAGCCUAACUGUGCUCCUACUACAGCCGCUUUCGUAAAUAUCUAAAAAUUUUGA